AUGAGUCGGAGGGCGCGUGUGGAAGCCCAGCGUGAGAUAGAAGCCCAGGAGGAACUGAAGAAGGAAGAAGAAAGACAAAAAGCGAAGUAUGACAGAAUUUUUUCCGCUGUAGUUUGGAGCACCUUCUCUAACGGUAUACGGAUACAAGAUUUGAUGCCGGUUCAUUACGAUAUUGCGUUGGAAAUCAUAAAAGAGUAUUAUAUUCCUGAGGAAGUAUUGGCUAGGAAUGCAGAGGUUAAGGAAGAUCCUGUUUCAAUGGAAUCAUAUUUGGAAAGGAUGUUAUUUAAUCUCAAAGAUAAAAAAUCCAUUAUUGCUUUUGAUGAGUCUUUAGCCUACAGAUUUUUUCAAGCAGGUUUUAUGGUGGCUAGAUCCUUGGACCUGAAGGUUGUUGUAGGCCUUUUUAGCGAUUACGAAACCCAAAAAUUGGCCACUAGAUUUAACAUGAGGAUCCUUAAAGAAAUUUUCUACACCAGUUGGACUGACAAGCAGAAGCGGCUCAUUUUCUGCGCACCCGGCCCUGGAAAUUACAGUGGCGCUUUGAUGGCGGGCCUGGUGCCGCCCCCGCCAGAGCCAGAUCCGCCGCCACCACCUACCGAAGAAGAACUCGAGGCCCAAAAAAAAUUGACUCGCGCUGAAAAACGCGCCAUGAAAAUUAAGAAGAAGGAGUUGGCCGAAAAGGAGGCGCAAAAGUUAAAUAAAAAAACAUAA